GGUAGAAGAAGAGAUGGGAGGAGAAAAGUGUUUCCUUCUUGUUGACGAUAAGCUGUCAGAGCUGACGUUUGUUGGCUGAAUAAACAGGAAAAGUGGGAACCUUUAGGCAGCUGAACCCCAAAGACUUGCCAGCGCAGCGAAAUUAACCUACUUUUGGAUCUGUUGUCAACAUGUUGUCAGAAGGAAGCUCUUUCAUGAAGGGGAUGGUCAUGGGAGGCCUCUUCUGCCUGCUGCUGUCCCUCCUGGGCACCUUCAGUCCCAUCAGUGACUCCAAGACAGACAGCCAUCAUCAUCACCACGUCAAAGCAGCAAGUAAAGAGGAGCUUAGCAGACGCUUCUCUGAUAGUCAAGUUCAGGAAUUGAACAAUCAAGUUCAGGUCUAUUGCGUCAUUAUGGUUCAGCCAAAAACCCUCAUUUAUUGGGCGACGGUUAUAGAAACCUGGAGCAAACAUUGCGACAAGGCCGAGUUUUACACAUCAGAGUCAUCUAAGGCUCUUGAAGCGAUUGACCUAAAGGAAAAUGAUGACUGGGCAAGGUUACGAAAAGCUCUAAAGCAUGCUUAUGAGAACGCUGGGGACAUGCGCUGGUUCUUUGUGGCCCAACCCACCACAUUUGCCAUCAUUGAAAAUCUAAAGUAUCUUAUUCUCACAAAGGAUCCAGAUGAACCAUUCUACCUGGGCAAAACGAUGAAGUCUGGGGAGCUUGACUACGUGGCAUAUGAUAGCGGCAUCGUUCUGAGCUACGAAGCUCUGAAAAGGCUCAUCAACGUGUUCCAGGAUGAAAGUAAAUGCCCAGAAAAAGGUCGUGCUCUGUGGAAACUGAGCGAAGACAAGCAGCUGGCCGUGUGUCUCAAAUACACGGGCGUGUUCGCAGAAAACGGAGAAGAUGCGCACGGAAAAGGCUUAUUUAACAGCAGGACUGUUGACAGCUUGAUAGCAGAUAGUAUAAAGGAAAACCCCAACGAUGUGGUGGAGGGCUGCUGCUCCGACUUGGCGGUCACAUUCAGCGGGAUGUCCCCGAAUCAGAUGCACGUCAUGAUGUUUGGCGUUUACAGACUUCGCCCGUAUGGACACGAUUUUCAUGACUCUUUAGUAUUCUACCCUCCAGAGGGGUCAGACAAUGACUAGACACAUUCCCUCAACCUGGAUGUCGUGUUUUUUUUUUAAUCUUUCUGCUGCUGUGAUGGCAAGCUGAACUUUAGGGUAAUGUCUUUCUUAAGCUGUUUGUAAAGUUGGACUCUGUAUGGGAACUUUUAUGUACAUUUGUACCUUUUGCACUUGACCUAAUCAAAAUGAUGAGUGUUUAGUCUUUUGAAUGCGAACAGAGCAGGGAAAUCUUGUUAUUCCAGUAAUUUUUUUUUUCAGGUUUGAACUGUCAUCUCACCAAAAAAAAUCUAUUUCAAACGUCAUUUGGGCUGUUGGUUUGAGCUUGCAUGUUCUCUAUGAUCUUCCUUGAAUUUUCUCAUGUUUUGGGGCUUCCACUGACAGUAAGAAAAAAACUCUCAAUUGAAUGUAAGUAGAAAUUGAUGAUAAAAGGAGUCCAAGUUAGCAUUGCUUUGUUUCUAUGUACUUUUGUACUGAAUCAGUACCACAUUGUAAUCAAAGACAAAAAGGGGGGAACCAAUUCAUUAAAAAGCAUUUGUGCUGAGCACCUGUUAGUGGAGCUGAAGGAACCCGCUCAUUUUCUAAUGUGCUUUCAUCAGAACAGUAAAACUGUUGGUGAUUGUCAGAAAAAUACUUGAAAUAAAGGUUUGUUCUUUGGCUUCACAUUA